AUGCAUGGUCUCAAUUUUAUGCUGUUUCUGGUUUCAUUACCGCUAUUUGUAGCAGCAAUUGAUAAUCCUUUUGGAAAAUGCAGCAUUAAAGACAACGAAUGCUUUAAAAGGGGGUGGGAAAACGUUUUGAAAGUCUUAGGACCUACUGGCAUUCCCGAAGUAAACGCAGAUCCAAUAGAUCCUAUGAUAUUUAAUAACAUCACAAUAACUAUUGUAGAUGGAUUUUCACUAACCAUAACAGAUGGUACACUAACGGGAUUUAAAGAUUGUAAAUUCGAUAAAGCAAGUUUAGAUUUGGAGAAGAAAUUAGACACAAGAUUUAUUAUCUGCCAGUCAUUGAAAGUUGUAGGUAAAUUUUCUUUCGGAGGCAAAAAUCCAGUGUUACAGAGUCUUUUCGGAAGCGAUUCAGUAUAUGGACAUGGGGAUAUUAAAAUUAAAUUUGGUAAGAAGUUUUGCUUUUUUUGA